AGAGAAAGAAGGGUCAUGGAAAACCCAUGGAGGAGGAAGAGGAGGACGCAGGCGGUGAGAUGGAAAUUGUUGAGGAACUCGCUGCUGCUUUGUUUAUUCACUGGAGGCAGUGAGGCCCAGUGUGAAGGCUGUAUAGAGUACUGCUGCGAUGGAUCACCACCCUUCUGUUGCUCCUACUACGCUUACGUUGGGGACGUCCUCUCGGGCACUGCCAUCUCCGGAAUCGUCUUCGGGGUGGUGUUUCUGAUGGGGGCGGUGGCAGCCUUGUUCCUGUGCGUGUGUAUGUGCAUGAAGAACGGUCGGGGCGCUCGGGUCGGCGUGUUCAGCACCUCGUACAUCAACACUGUGACCCAGGGUUACCCAGGUCCUCCGCCUCCGUACACCUACGACUACGAGAUGUACCCUCCUGCCCUGCACCCCCCGCCUUACACGCCGACUCAGCCUCGGCCAGCCAGCUACUCCCCCCCUCCUCCUUACCCCGGCUGCACACGCAAAUGA